AUGUGGAAAAAAGAGGAGGUGAAGCAAGAAUGGAUGGAGGUGGAGGAGAUGGAUGUGGUUGAUGCUGAGUAUGGAAAAUGGAACUCAAAUCCAAAUCUUAAAAGCAUAAAGGAGCUAAUUUACAAGAAGGGAUAUGCGAAAAUAGAUAAGCGAAAAGUUCCUUUGACGGAUAAUAACAUCAUUGAGCAGGAAUUAGGAAAGUUUGGCAUUGUAUGCACAGAAGACAUGGUGCAUCAAAUUGAUAAUGUUGGUCCGCACUUUAAGGAAGUUGUCAAAUUUAUGUGGCCCUUUGAACUCAACAAGCCAGCUGAUGGAUUAAAAGGAUCAAAAACACUAUACAAGGAUGGUGGAGACACAGGGAGCCGUGAGGAUCUCAUCAAUGAACUAAUCAAUAGAAUGAAUUAACUUAUGCACUGUAGUAUCAAAAUUUUGAUGUUGUCUGUUAUGUACCUUAGAUGAUCUGGGUGCAAGAAUCUCAUUUUCAAGGCCUUUUGACUCUAGUGGAGUCUUUUUUAAAAA